AUGUCAGAAACGAAUCCAUUUUUAGAGCUGCUAUCUUCUCAUCAGAAUUUCUACGAAAAAUUUGAGGAGACCUACGUAAAUCAUAAAAACGACUGCAAAACAGGAGAAUUAAAUGGCCUUAAUGAUUUAAAAAAUAAGAUGGAAGGUCAUGCUGAUGACAUUAUGAACGCCGCAUGUUACGUUCACACCGAAUAUGAAAAAAAAAGACUGUUCCAAAAGGAACUCUGCUAUUUUCUCUACUUUUGGAUAGGGCAACAAUUAUCUAAAGACCCUCCAAGUGGCGACUUCAAAAAUAACCUAAAUGACAUUUGUUCAGAACUGAUGACCAAAAUAUUUAAUAAAAAUGGCUGUAAAAAUAUAUGUGAUAAAGUUGACCAAACCACUUUUGACCACAUGAAAUCAGUAUUUGAUUUCUUAUAUGAUCAUACUACUAUACUAGCAUUAUUAAAGAAUGGUGGAUCCAAAGUUAUUGAGGAAUGUGACACCUACUACCAAAAAGUCAAAGCAGCAAAAGAAGCAAUGGGAAAACAUUGUCCCAUCGGAGGCAGUUCUAAUCCUAAUUACUGUGAACAUUUUUGGAAAGUAAAUGGGACCACCGUUCAGAUAGAACUGCGAAAUUUUGAAUCACAAUUAAAAAAUGCACAGCACAGAAUAGAGUCUGAAGCAAAAACAGCACUCUCCAAAACAGAAGAAGCUGUUCGCAGCGCCACCACUACCUCUUCCAUCUCUUCCAUAUUCGGAACCUUAGCAGGGACGGCUUUUCCUUUUCUGCUAUAUAAAUAUAGACCAUGGUCUUCUUGGUUUGGUAACCACACUUCUGGAAAUGGAAGGAGAGGAAGAAGGAACACAAGAAAGAGAAGAUCAACUGAACAGAACUUUGGUUCGUCCACGGAAGACAGCUUAACAGAAUACUCUACAGAAGCAUCUACAAUAGGUGACUUAAAAGAAGAACAUUCCACCAAACUACGUUCUCCUGCGUACACAAGACAGCCUAAGAGGGAAGGAAAGGCAAGAACAUCAGGAAGAAAUGGGUCUCCGUCAGGUCGCCCAAAUAUAGGUUAUCAAAAUAUGUAA